AUGUCUAUCUUGUCCAGCAUGCGUUUCUGGCCGGCUGCUAUCUCGGCUGCGAUAUUGUGGCUUCCCCAGGUGCUGGGGAGGUCCAACGGGACUGCGCCCAAUUAUACCGUUGAGGAGCUGUGGAAGCUGGAAACUACCUUCUGGGACAACUUCUUAUAUCCUGCCAAUGUUGAGCAGAUGGAGGCAAUUAAUUCAACUAUAUUUACUCCGGAUGUACAAGGUCGAGUAGACAUCACCCGCGUGUUUAAUGGGAGCGAAUUGAACACGGAGUAUAUUUUCGGACUAUUUUCCGACCCUGGUCAUGUUAGCCUCGUCGGGGUGCCCGUUGACUAUAGCAUCACGCAGUUCAUUGCCCAGGGAAACAUCGCAUCCGCGACCACCGUGGUCACCUUCAAUGCCACCUCGUUCGGCAAUCUGCUGGUACCGGUCACCAUCGACACAUGGAUCAUGUGGGAUGCUGACGGACGCAUUAUGCAAUAUGAUGCCACCUUCCGCUGGUUCGGGUUCCUGCUGGAUACUUUGGUGGAGGCGCUGGCUGAAUCCAUCAACGGCACCACCAGCCAGGCUACGGCAUCACUGACCCAGCUGCUCGCCACAACCAUCUGCGCUACGCAUGAUCAAUACUGCACUGGAGCGAACCAGCAAUACGAUAACAAUACGGCUUGUCUUGACUUCCUGACCUCGGCAAUCCCGCUCGGCAAAGACUACGAGCUGGGCCGCAACACCCUGUUAUGUCGAGAGGUUCAUGAACAUAUGGUGCAGUAUGAUCCUGCGCUGCACUGUCCCCAUAUCGGGCCAACUGGUGGGGAUUACUGCGUGGAUGAUCAGACCUAUGCACAAAAGGUUCUCCAGAAGUACUUCAACCAGUCAUGGAUUGUGGGUGUGCCCUCGACCGGAGAUAUCUGGCUGGGGGACUGA